CGAUAUUUCUGCUCCUCUGACCUGUCUCAUUCAUAAUUCCCUUGCACUGCAGUUCUCGAGUUCGCUUAUUGGUCCUUUGAAGCUCCUUAGGGUUUCUUUCCGUUGCUCGCUACCGUCCUGUGUCCGCCUAUCCGCCGUCUGCUUUUCAUCUCGUGAAAGGGCACUGAAUCGUUUAGGACAAUCCUUAGUCAAGCCCUCUUGUCGGUGGUGCAGCGGUGAUCUUUAGCCACUCCCCUAGUUAUGUAUAUUGCUUAUUGCUUUGACUCGGACUGAUAAGAGGAAACCAGCAUCAGCAUGCCAGUUGUCCGUAGGUCAGGCAUUUCCCCGCUGUCCGCGUUCCGUUUCUUUCCUAGGUUUCCAUUCCUAUCCUUCGGCUGAUAGUUAGCGGCCACUCGUAAUUAAAUGGACCCGUCAGCUUCGUUUCUCCGGCGCCCGACCGAGGCGCCGUGGAGUGCUCUUAAAUUCAUCAAGGUCAUCGGCGAAGGCCGGUUCGGUACGGUUUGGUUGUGCGAGGAUGGGCGAACCGGCGAGCAGUACGCGUGCAAGAAGGUCCUUAAAGAGUCCCUUAAGGACUCACUCCUCCAUCAGCACUUCUUACGGCAGGAGGUUGCUCUGCUCGACUCCAUGGCGGGGAAGCAUCCCAACAUAAUCGAGCUGAAGUACGUCUUCGAAGACCAUGAAGCGAUUUACCUCAUGAUGGAGUUUUGUGACGUCGGAGAUUUGUUCACCUACGUCACCAGCAACGGAUGCACGAUUCCUGAGGCUCGCAACUGCAGCAGCAGCGGCAGCAGCGGUAGCGGUUUCGGUAUGAGCUCCGCGAAAUCAGGAGGAAAGGCUUCCAGCGAUGAGAGCUCCAGCAGCAGCAGCAGCAAGCACCGGUCCGGUCUGUCCUGGGGAUUGCCGGAGAAUAAAGCCGUGCUGGUUUUUCGUCAAGUGGCUCAAGCCGUGCUUUUUUGCCACAGGAACGGAGUCAUGCAUCGUGACAUCAAACUCGAGAACGUCCUGCUCUGCAGCCCACUCAACUCCGCCGGUCCCCAGUACUACUACUGCUCAGCUCUACCCCCUCCCCCGUUACCAAAACAACCUGCCGCUUCAGACGUCCGUGUCCUCGCGAAGCUCGCAGAUUUCGGCCUGGCGGUCCGUCUAGCUCACGGCGAGAAAACCGUCGGAACUGCCGGCAGCCGGCUGUACGAGGCUCCGGAGGUGAUUCUCGGUCAGGAGUAUGACAUGAAGGCCGACGUCUGGUCGCUCGGAGUGCUUCUCUUCGGAAUGAUCUCCUGCUCCAUGCCGUUCCAAGGCCAUGGCGACCGGCAGCUGAUUCGCCAGAUUCUCCGCGGAAACGUGGAUCUGUCGCGUGGAGGCUGGUCCGCUGUGUCGGCGGAAGUUAAGGAUCUGAUCCGUGCGAUGCUGUCGGUGAAUCCCGAUGAGCGGAUUUCCAUGGCUCAGGUUGUCGCGCAUCCGUGGAUCAAGGCUGCUUCCAGGCGAAAGCCACCUGUGGUUACCACAUCUGUUACCGGAGUUUCUGGAGCUACUGGAGUUGCUGUUCCUGCAAUUUCCGGUUCGUUGACUCCGAAAUCGCCGGUUCAUUUUAUGGUGAGUCCACCGGGUAGCAGCAGCGACCUUCCGUCGCUAGAUCCAUGCAGUAAGCAAGAGGACGAUAAAGAGGGCAAAGUCAGGCUUGUAACGCGGGGGGAAGGGAACGAGCAUAGCAACGGGUUAUUUGAGAAGAAUAUCGAUCAUGAUUCCGAUGUUUCUUCACACAAGAAUCGUGACGGCAGGCACCAGAAGGAGAACUCCCUCCCUCCCCUUCAUCCCACCACCCCGCGAGGCAUUGCCGGGGGGGAUGCGUCCUUAGGCCCGUCCGUAGUCCCGCCAGGUCAAGCAGGCGAAGGGGGAGAGAAGCAUAGCGGCAAGGGACGGUCUUCUAUGUGGGAUUCGUUCCUUCCUGCCCUGUCCCCAUCUCGUGGGAAAUGGAGGAUGGGAUUUUAGUGUGGGGAGGGAGGCAUAAGUGAUUGAUGGUGGGGAUUUUUAUAUGGAUUUUGCCAGCUUGUUUCUUGUUCUUCAGUUGGUUUCUUGACUGAAAGGGCCAGUUGGUCCUAAAACAGCUAUAGCAGAUGUUGCAGCCCGGGAAAGCUUCCCGUUGUGCUUGCCAUUGUUUUUAUUUUCAUGUAUUUCAUUCAUGCUGUUGUUUCUGUGCACUAUCAGUUGCACCCCUGUUCUGCCAUGCCUAGUGUUGCUGCUGCCUGCUCCUGUCGGUCCCUCCCCCCCCCCCCCCCCCCCCCCCCCCCCCCCCCCCCCCCCCCCCCCCCCCCCCCCCCCCCCCCCCCCCCCCCCCCCCCCCCCCCCCCCCCCCCCCCCCCCCCCCCCCCCCCCCCCCCCCCG